GCGGGAAGGAGAGUAAUUGCACGUCUUCUUGUGGCUCAGACCUUUAGCAGUUAGGUUGUAUAGGAGGGCAGACAUUGUAUGGUUAAGUAGGCAGCAUAGUCAGCCGCACAGGCAAACAGAAUAAUGUAAUGUAAUGACUUGAUUAUGGCCAUGGAUGGCUGAGGAGGCUGUGUUUAAGUGAAGUCAGGCGCAAGGGAAGGGGAUGGGACUAAUAUGCUAUGCACGGGCGAUGUAAUGCUAUACGGUGGAGGGCCGGGGCCGAACGAUGGACUAGGCCCAAAGGGGAGGGUCUGGAACGGAUUGGCGCUGGACGCGGUAGAGAAACAGUGGUCGGAUGCGUUCAUGGAUGUGGGAGGCAACCUCAGAUGUCUUGUUUCGAGGAUGACAUGGGGGGCAGUGGUGGAGGUUGUGCGAUGACGUGGGCGAGGGAAUUGCACGGAUAGCAUUGCUGAUAAAUGGCGGUGCUGGAGGCAUGAACGGACGAUUGGGGGAAAUGCUUGGAAAUACACUGGCCGCGCGGUAGUAGUCGACAGUCCCCA